UGAUUGGUUUCUAUUUAAUGAAACCGAUAAUUGGACAUUUGUUGACCCAAUGUCUUCGACUUCGGCCUUUGCCCUUAGUCCAACAAUCUAAGCUUUUUGGCAGUCCAGAGUGAAAGCAUGGCAGAAAAAGGGAAGCAUACGGCUCUCCUUGUAAUUGACAUGCAGAAUGAUUUUAUAUUAGAUGACGGAUUGAUGAGGGUAAAUGGAGGCAAAGCCAUCGUUCCUAAUGUGAUAAAGGCUGUUGAAAUCGCCAGGCAGCGUGGGAUUCUCAUCGUUUGGGUUGUUCGUGAGCAUGACUAUUUAGGAAGAGAUGUUGAACUCUUUCGCCGGCAUCUGUACACUCCAGGGAAAGAGGGUCCAACCACCAAGGGAUAUUUAGGUGCACAAUUGGUGGAUGGCCUUGUGAUAAAAGAAGGAGAUUACAAGUUGGUGAAGACUCGUUUUAGUGCAUUCUUCGCCACCCAUCUUCAUUCUUUCCUUCGAAGUAAUGGGGUCAAUAAUUUAGUUGUCGUUGGUGUUCAAACUCCAAAUUGCAUCCGGCAGACCGUCUUUGAUGCCGUAGCACAUAAUUACCAACCAGUUACUGUUAUUGUCGAUGCCACAGCUGCUGCAACAGCCGACAUACAUGAUGCCAAUAUCUAUGACAUGAGAAAUAUUGGAGUUGCAACACCAACACUUGAGGAGUGGUAUGAAACCAAGCUUUGAUGAGUCAAAUGAUUGAACUGGUAUGUAUUCUUCGGGAGGCAUUACUUUUUCCAUUAGAUCGUUUGUACUCUGCAGGUUCGUAGUAUCUGAAUUACCUUGUGUGGAAUACUAUCUUAUUUCCAUUUUGUAAGAAUAAAGAUGAUUGACAGUGAGUUGAUUUCAGCUAUAAUAAGCCUUACUAGUUUACUUGACUGCUUC